UAUUUGACGCGAAAUUUGUUUUUGAUUUGUUUGAGCGCUGGAUAAAAUCGCGGUUUGUAUGGGGCUUGUAAUGGCCACAAAGCAUCUCAGCCAAGAUCCAGCAACUGUAGAGAACAACGAAAAUGACUGUCCGAAUGAACUAGAUCCCAAAAGUCCCACAGAAGAUGUUGUCAACUGUAGCGAGAAGAAAUCUUCGGUUUUGAUGAAAACUGAUGAAGAAAAAUCUAGUUCGUUAGGUGCGGAAGAAAAGUCAAAAUGUCGCAACAGCGAGUUAGACAAUGAUUCAGAUACAGCUAGUGAAGUUUUAGAGCGACGUAGAUCUGGUAGAGCCCCUCAGAAGCGGAAAGAACGGGAUUUCAUCAUAGUCCAAGCAAAUAGGAAACCCAAAAGCAAAUCAACUAAAAGUACCAAUAAUCAUAAAAUUGAAGAAGAUAACGUCUUGUUAGACACUUUGGAGGAGGACGUCCAGAAGUCAGAAAGAUCACAGAUCAGUCAAAUCUUGUCGGAAAUCACAGAGCAAAAAGCACAAGACAACUGCUACGCGUGGGCCGAGGAGCACAACAAAGCUAAAGUCCCCCAACUAAAGUUGAUGAAAUUCCCAGAUGAAAAAAUCGAAAAGGUGAUAGCUGAGGUGGGUUGUGUACCCGAAGCUAGCAAACAGGACAAAGAAAAUGAAGUCAACGCCAGCGGGGUGAGUGGGGGAGGGGUCUCUUCGAGUACCGAAAAUUGUGUCGAGGAGGGUUCGGACGAGGUUGUAGAAACAGAGGAACAACGAAUGAUACGACUCGCAAUUGAAGACUGGUAUGACGUGGUUUCCAAGAAGUCACAUGAAGAAAUGGACGAUGAAGUUGCAAGGAUCCUAGCUAGAGACUACGACAUGCAGCUGCGUCCAAACAUGAAGAAAGCGAAGCUGACUAGUAAUGCAGAGGAGAGGUUCAGAGAACACGUUUUUGAGAAAGCAAAACUUCGAAAGCGAAGACACUCGGAGGACGAUGAAGAUGAUAAUGAUCUCUAUAUUCCGAGUCAACCAAAGUUGUACAAGAAGGCGUUUGUUGUGGAGGCUAUCAGACAAAUGGAAAUAGACAGAUGGGGCGAAGAUUACUACUUGGUGAAGUGGGAAGACUGGCCUGAAGAACGGAACACUUGGGAACCAGCUCUGCAUCUGGACAAUUGUGACAUGGUCAUUGCCCAAUUCAGGCGAAAGCUAAAACAACUACCGGAGUAUCAGACUGCGAGAAAGUUACAAAUAAAAGCGCUUAAGGCGUUCUCAGACAAACUCUUUGAUCCCAGGUGUCCGAAGGUUCCGAGGAUUGAAGUGAUCAAUGAUGUCGAUUUGACCACACCCAAUGACAAUUUCGAUUACAGGGGCGUACUGAAUUGGCCUAAAAACAGAGUGCCCAUCUCUAUAUGCUGUGACUGUGAGGAGUGUGGAGACGGUUGUCCGUGUGCGACCAUUGAUGGUCACAAGUUCGCGUACAAGCCUGACGGAUCACUAAAAGUGCUAACUGGAAACCCGAUCUACGAGUGUAGUUCAGGCUGUAAGUGUUCAAUUGAAACAUGCAGAAAUAAAGUGGUACAAAGAGGACGCAGUGUUAGAUUGCAGCUGUUCAAAACUCCGAAUGGCAGAGGUUGGGGUUUGAGAACCCUGGAUCCGAUCAAACGAAACACUUUCGUCGUGGAAUACGUGGGAGAAGUUUUGCCGUUCAGUGAAGCCGAAUUGAGAGGUAUGGUUUACGAUGCGCGUGGGAGAACCUAUUUGUUCGACAUGGAUUUCUUUCAGAAGCCGGGCGAGUACACAAUUGAUGCAAUGAAGUCUGGCAAUGAGGCCAGAUAUUUCAAUCACGCUUGCAAUCCGAAUCUGUUUUCAAUGUGUGUCUGGUACAAUUCGAUUGAUCCUUUCUACCACCAUGUGGCAUUUUUCGCCAAGUCAGACAUAGCGGCAGGCAAAGAGUUGAGUAUCAAUUACAAGAAUGCGGGGCUCACCUACAAUCAACAUCUGGAUGAUAAAGAGAGCAAAGCGAAUAGCAUUGAAGCUAGUGAAACGGGCACAGAUGUUACAAGCUCAGAUGGUGCAAACAAUAAUGCUCAAGCCGCUGCUGAAAGUUCAGAGGCGAAGGAAAAAGUGCCUUGCAGAUGCCACAAAAACUGCACGGAUUACUUGUUUGUUGACUGAUUUUAUUUUGAAACUCGCUCGAGAUAAGCUUAGUUUUGAUCAAGUUUGAUAAAGUCAAGUCAUAUAGUGGUAGUUCUAUGUGAUAGAGUGCUUCAGACGGUUGGGAUUGCUUCUCCAUUAUUGCUCUUUUGCGAUUCGUUGUGAUUAAUAUUAGUUGUUUUAAUACCUUUAAAGUACUUUUAUCUGCAGUGUCUUAAUUUAUUGAAAAGUGCCUCCAUGCUGUUUCGAUUGUAAAAUUUCAAUUAAUUUGUUUGGUAUGUAAAAGCU